AUGACCAAAUUGGAGCAGAUGAUGGUCAACAUGAUGACAACUAUGAGGACACAAGGGAAUCCUGAGCGUACACCAGAUGUUCCUGUACAAUCAGACCCUCUUUAUCCUCCUAGAUUCUGCUUGCAUUGGCCUACUCCUCCAACCUUGGCAAUUGGUGACAAGGACCAAGUUGUGAUCGAUUCUACUCCUGCUCGACAAACACAUCAGAGUCAACAAAAUAAGACAUGGGAAGAUAAGUUUUAUCGGCUAGAGCGCACAAUCCAAAAUCUAAAAGGAGUUGAGGAUCAAAUCAUUGACAUUGAGGGAUUAUGUUUUUUCCCCCAUGCUAUACUCCCAGAUAAGUUCAAGUGGAAAUCUGAUAAAAUUGAUGAUAGAGGAGAUCCUCAUACCCACUUGAGGUCUUUUAUUGGUCAGCUGAAGUCCCGAGGUUUUACAGAUGAACAGUUGGGGCAAACUUUUCAAUUUUCAUUGACCGGCGCUGCUCAUCGUUGGUUAAUGGCUCUAGAUCCAUCUUCAAUCCAUACUUGGGAAGAUAUGAUGAAGGCUUUUUCCCGCCAGUAUUCCUACAAUACUGAGGUGGAACUAACCCGACGAGAGUUAGAGACAACAAGGUUACUUUCUGAUGAAGGGUUCACUAGCUACCUAAAAAGAUUCCGUGACAAGGCCGGUCAGAUGUGGGACCGACCCAGUGAGCGAGAGCAGGUCGGUAUGCUUAUGAAGGGGUUGCGGCAUCCAUACCGCACAUACAUAUUUAGACAAGGCAUCACCACUUUUGAUAGCUUGAUUGUUGCUGGCCAGCAGGUUGAAAAUGCAAUCCAUGAUGAGAAUCUCCCACAAGGUAGUAGAUAUCAAAUAGGUUCGCCAAAAGCUAGCAAUAGCUCGAGACCCCCUCAGCCAGGAAUUCCAGGAGUUAAUACAAUGGCAGCUGUCGCUCCCCCGUCUCCAGCCUCAUCCCUGAGGCCAUCACUACGGACAUUGGGGCAAAACAUUACUUGUCCUCCCCGUCAUCCUAGAAGGCAAUUUACGAAUCUAGGAAUGCCCUUGGGGACACUCUUUAGCGGUUUGCUAGAAGCCGAUUUGAUUGAGAAGGCAGAACCCAUACCUCUUUCGGAACCAAAACCAAAGUGGUGUGACCUAGACUUAUUCUGCCAUUACCAUGAUCAGAAGGGUCAUGCAACCGACAAUUGUACCAAUCUCCAACAUGCAGUGCAAGACUUGUGGGAUGCGAAGAAGUUUGAACUCCGUCCCAAGCAGGAUAAGUAG